AUGGCCAAGAAGGAUGCUAAGCCAAGACUGUUGAGGUGGAUCUUGCUGCUACAAGAGUUUGACCUUGAGAUCAGAGACAAGCCAGGAGUCGAGAAUGGUGUAGCUGAUCACUUGUCUAGACUGAAGAUUGAUAGUGGUAUCCCUAUUGAUGAAGGGCUUCUAGAGGAACAGAUCAUGGCAAUUGGAGCAGUGGUAGCGGUUUGUGAAACUGGAAAGAAGCUUGAAGAGGUGAAGCCAAUGGGUCUUGACGGAUAUGCCAAGAAGAAGUUCUACAAAGAUGUGAAGAGAUACUAUUGGGAUGAGCCUUACCACUACAUCCUUUGUAGAGGUCAACUCUAUAGAAGAGUGGUAGCUGAAGGGAUUCUCACACACUGUCAUGGAUCAUCUUAUGGAGGUCAUUUCGCUACUUUCAAGACUGUCUCAAAAGUGUUACAAGCUGGGUUUUGGUGGCCUCAUAUGUUCAAGGACACUCAAGACUUUGUCUCUAGGUCUGUUGACUAUGUCUCCAAGUGGAUAGAAGCUGUAGCAAGUCCUACCAAUGAUUCUAGAGUGGUGAUCAAGAUGUUCAAAAGCACCAUCUUUCCAAGGUUUGGAGUUCCAAGAGUUGUCAUUAGUGAUGGAGGCUUCCACUUAAUCAACAAACUGUUUGAAAGUCUUCUCAAGAAAAAUGGUGUGAAGCAUAAGGUUGCAACUCCCUACCAUCCUCAGACAAGUGGUCAAGUUGAGAUCUCCAACAGAGAAAUAAAGUCUAUUUUGGAGAAAACUGUGGGGACUACAAAGAAAGACUGGUCUAUCAAGCUAGAUGAUGCACUUUGGGCUUAUAGGACAGCUUACAAAACCCCUUUAGGAACCACACCUUUCAACUUUGUGUAUGGAAAGGCUUGUCAUCUACCAGUUGAGCUUGAAUACAAGAUUUACAAGGAGAAAACCAAAGCUUUUCAUGACAAGAAGAUCUUUAAGAGAGAGUUCAGUGCUGGAGAUCAAGUGCUUCUCUACAACUCUAGACUGAAGUUGUUUCCCGGGAAACUCAAGUCAAGAUGGUCCGGUCCUUUUAAGAUCAAGGAAGUUAGGCCAUAUGGGGCAAUUGUGUUAUGGGAUAAGAAUGGUGGAGACUUUACAGUCAAUAGACAAAGAGUUAAGCUCUACAUGGGAACCACAAUAGAGGAGAAAAGAAUCUCGGUUUCACUCUCCGACCCCAUCACCGCCUAG